UUUUUAUAAAUUUUUUCAGUUAAUUUUCUUCGAGAAAAAUGAUUGAUUGUCACUGUCAUUUGGCUGAUCCCUCUUUUAAUGAAGAUAUUGGACAAGUAAUUGAACGGGCCAAGGAGGCUGGUGUAGUUCAUGCCAUCGUCGUAGCAGAAUAUCCGUCGGAUUUUCCUCGCAUUCUCCAACUAGCGAAACAAUUUCCUGAUUUUAUUAAGCCCUGUUUGGGUGUUCAUCCUGUUCAGAAAGGCUGGGUUUCAGUCACUCAACAGAUUUAUAAAGACACUCAAGUUGAAAAAUCCAUUAGGGACGCUUACGAAGCAAAUUUACUGCAUGGAAUUGGGGAAGUUGGUCUCGAUUUCACCCCAAGAUAUUUAACUAAUGGAAGCGGAGAUAAGGAUGAACAACGAGCUGUUUUUGCUUCGCAAAUUGAGCUGGCGAAGGAAUUGGAUUUGACUUUAAACGUUCAUUCUCGUUCUGCCGGAAAGCCCGUAAUUGAACAAUUACAAUCCCUUGGAGCAAAAAAUGUUCUUUUGCAUGCAUUUACAGGGAAUAUUAAAAGUGUUCGUUUGGGUGUGGCUGCUGAUUUUCAUUUUUCUUUGGCUCCAGCUUUUACUGUUAAUAAAGAAAAGGAAGAAUUUGUGCGUACUGUCCCACUCGAACGUCUUUGCCUUGAAACAGACUCACCCGUUUUGGGCCCAAAUAGAGAAGAACGAAAUGAGCCUGCAAAUGCUCGUUUGAGUGCUGAAUUUAUUGCGAAAAUAAAAGGAAUUGAAGUAGCUGAAGUGAUAAGAGUUACAAGUGCAAAUGCUCGAAGAUUGUUUAAAAUACCGCUGUGA